GUUGAAAAGAUUCCGCGAGCCCCACGCCGAAGAUUGAUUCGAAAAAGCCAUUUUAUGAUAUGAGCGCAAAAAUUUCUCAUGAACUUCAAUAACACCGAUGUUCGACAGUUCGAGUUCUAGAAUAAUAAGCCUAAUUGACCUUGCAUUGGUUGUACAGAAAAUGUUCUGUAUGAUGGAUGAAGUUUGACCUCGAUGCCAGCAAAAGAUGGUGUCAAUAUGUGGAACGCGUUAGGUCGAAUAUCAUACAAACAGUUGGGUUUUGUUGUUUGUUUACAACCGUUGUUGCUGUACGAAUCGUAGCGAGCAUUCGGGUUAGCUGGAAACGACGAAAAUGUACAGAUAAAGACGGACGAAAAACUACAUUUGACGAGAUACAAUUUAAGUAUUCUCCUGAGAAAGUAUAUUACUCAUAGUUAUAAGAAAGUCAAGCCAUAUCAUCAGUUCGGAGUAUUGUAACGCGAAGAUAAAAUACACCACGGGCCUGAUCGUGUAAACCAUUAUAUUCAUAGAAAUAAUCUCUCCUUUUUUAGCAUCGAGAGAAAUUCCCAGCCCAGUUUAUCUCACUGUAUUCCACGCACACAUACACAUGCAAUCAUGACGUAAAGAUUAGGGCACAAGAAUUUAUUGACGUGUAUAUAUUUCUCGUUAUAAUGACGCACGUAACGAGGCUGUAUAUAGCUGGUGAUAUUUGCGUAUGUAAUGAUGUUAUACUGUUUCAGAUUGCAGUUGUUUUGAAAAGGAGCUGUUGGAUCACUUAUUCAAAGACUAUGACAAGGACAUGAGACCAGUGUUGAACGACAGCGACACUGUUACUGUGACAAUGGGAUUGUCACUCCACCAGAUUAUGGACGUUGAUGAAAAAAACCAAAUAAUGACCACAAGUGUUUGGGCUCGACAGAAAUGGUAUAAUCCUUAUUUACGAUGGGAUAAAACGAAGUAUGGUAACCUGUCAACUAUCAACGUUCCAAGUAAAAAGAUCUGGAUUCCUGAUAUUGUCCUUUAUAACAAUGCUGAUGAAGAUGUGGACUUCAGAGGUUACUUGGACCGCCUCUCAACGAGAGUUCAAAUAAACGACAAAGGACUCAACACCUGGUUAUCGCCUGUGAUGUUGAGGACAAAGUGUAAGAUCAACGUGGAGUUUUUUCCCUUCGAUUCCCAGAGUUGCAUACUGAAAUUUGGAUCGUGGACCUACGACGGUUACAGACUGGAUGUUCAGAACGAAAGCGCAACUAUCGAUUUAGGAAUGUAUAUUGCUUCAGCCGAAUGGCAUUUGGCAUCAUCUCCAGUUAAAAGAAACAUCUUGCAUUAUUUCUGUUGCCCAGAACCGUAUCCAGAUGUAACAUUUAUUGUGAAUAUUCAACGAAGAACGUUGUUCUAUUUGACAAAUUUGAUUCUCCCCCUGGUCGUUAUAUCUGUAUUGAUUACGUUCGUAUUUACACUACCACCAGAAUCAGGAGAAAGAAUAUCUUUAUCCAUCACAAUUCUCCUGGCGAUGACCGUCUUCAUGUUAUUGGUCACUGAAACAAUCCCACCGACAUCAGAAGUCAUUCCUCUCAUCGCAAAAUUCUACAUGGCGGCCAUGUUCGAGAUUGCCCUUGCUCUCAUCGUGACCUGCUACAUCCUGAGAUGCUACCACACCACUGCGAGCGAAGUACCACCAUGGAUGAAGCGGCAUCUGGUAGGAACCCUGGCAAACUUCUUUGGAGUCAAGAAAUCCAAGGCUCUGUUAAAGCAGGAAAAGGAGGAGCAAAGCUAUAAAAAGUUGACUCAGAAAAGAGGGUUCUUGGGAAAGAUGAUUGUUAAAUUUCGACAGGAGGAGACUGGGGAGAAAAACGAAGGGAACGAGUUCCAUGGCAACGGAACCGCAAAUGAGACAGCAGUGGAGAAGUUGAUGAAGAAUUAUGAUCAUCGCGUGGGUAUCCCUCAACAUCCUGAUAUAUCCAGUCAUGUACACAUUUCGCACCAUGACAAUUGCAAUGGUUUUCGAAAAGGUUAUGAAUAUCAGAACGGUCAUGCACAUAACUACCCUGGCGGGAACAAAGACUCGAUUCCCAUGAACAGAACCACAAACGAUGAUGAAUCAGUUGUCUUGAAAAUUUUGGAAAAACUUGAAAUUAUUUCUACGAACUUUCAAACGAAAGAAAAAGUUGAUUUGGUCAAGGAACAGUGGCACAUCAUUGCCGUCGUCUUCGAUCGCGUUUCGAUGUGGACAUUCGCAGGCGCAAUUCUCAUAACAAUGUCAAUGAUAUUCUACCAAGCUCCGGGUUAUGUAGCGUAGAAAAUGUAGCGAGAUUCCG